CGUAUCGACCCAGAUACAUAGAUCGUAACUGCUCGGAUAGGGUGCUACUGGCGGGAUGUCUCUCCAAAAGCGGUCCAUGCAAUACGUUCGCCUGGGAAAAUCUGGGCUGAAGGUGUCCAAGAUCAUCCUCGGUUGCAUGUCCUACGGCAGCCACGGAUGGAACGAGUGGGUCAUCGAUGAUCAGGAAGAGGUCACCAAACACAUCAAAGUAGCAUAUGACCUCGGGAUCCAGACCUUCGAUACUGCCAAUGUCUAUUCGAACGGGCUGUCCGAAGUGAUGCUCGGCAAAGCUAUCAGAGAGCUAAAGCUCCCGCGCGAGGAGAUAGUGAUUAUGACGAAGCUCUUUGGCGUGGUCGCCCCGAAAUACGACAUGAAUCUCAUGCGAAUGGGGGUCAAGCCCGACGAAGUCGGUCUGGUGAACCAACGUGGACUAAGCCGCAAGCACAUCUUUGACUCGGUCAAGAAAAGUCUGGAGCGGCUCCAGGUCGAUUACAUCGAUCUACUUCAAUGCCAUCGCUUCGAUCAUGAGACGCCGAUUGAAGAGACGAUGCAAGCCCUUCACGACGUAGUCAAAGCUGGCUACGUACGCUAUAUCGGCAUGAGUUCAUGCUGGGCGUAUCAGUUCCACGCCAUGCAGAACUACUCUAUCCACAACAAUCUCACGCCCUUCAUUUCCAUGCAAAACCACCACAGCCUCGUCUACCGCGAGGAGGAGCGCGAGAUGUUACCAACUCUCAAGAUGUUCGGCGUAGGUUCGAUCCCGUGGUCGCCCGUCGCGCGUGGCGUACUCACCCGCCCGCUCGCCGACCAGACAAAACGGAGCCAAACUGAUCCACCCGUGAAGGUAUAUGUGGGAUACCCGGGCACACCUGCGAUCGUCAACCGCGUAGAGGAGCUGGCGAAGAAGAAAGGCGUCAGCAUGGCCCAGAUCUCAAUCGCGUGGAGUCUCUCGAAAGAUGUUGUCAGUGCGCCCAUCGUCGGAACGACCAGUCUCAAGCACCUCGAGGAUAUGGUUGGCGCAGUGAACGUCGAGCUCACUCCGGAGGAGAUUAAGUACCUCGAGGAGCCGUACGUGCCCGUGCCGAUCAACGGGCACCAGUGAACCACGAAAACAGCGUAGACGAUGUUAUGGGUGCUUGAUGUGCCGGGUAUCCUGUCGCUUGUGACUCUGCCACCAUAGAAGCCCACAGAGGCGACGCGGAGGGCGUAUUUUGAUGGAACGCUCGUACGACCA